CGCCGCAGCAGCCAUUGGAGAGAAGCAGCCAUGGCUCUGCGCUAUCCCAUGGCCGUGGGUCUCAACAAAGGCCACAAGGUGACCAAGAACGUGAGCAAGCCGAGGCACAGCCGCCGCCGCGGGCGCCUCACCAAGCACACCAAGUUCGUGUGGGACAUGAUCCGGGAGGUGUGUGGCUUCACCUCUUAUGCGCGGCGGGCCAUGGAGCUGCUCAAGGUCUCCAAGGACAAGCGGGCCCUCAAAUUCAUCAAGAAACGGGUGGGGACACACAUCCGCGCCAAGAGGAAGAGAGAGGAGCUGAGCAACGUCCUGGCCGCCAUGAGGAAAGCGGCCGCUAAGAAGGACUGAGCCCCUCCCUCGAGUCUGUGUGUAAUAAAACCUUUUCUGAAAAAAAAAAAAAAAAAA